AUGUGUAGGUCGCCCAAUCCGGCGACCCCCAAUUUCCAAUUUCUCGCCAGUUCAUCUUCUCCCCACUCAUAUUUCCGAUAACCUAAAAGAAAUUCUGAAAUCCAAUUGAAAAACCCUAACCAACUUUCUCUAUCUAUUUCACGCUCUCUCAAGAAUCCAUCUGCCCCAUUUUCACUCCAUCGUUUGUCAAUCAAUCGUCCAUAUACACACACCUAAGUAUCCCAAUGCAUUUCCCUUGAAAUCAUUGGAGGAAGGCAGAGGAUCUCGGCUCGAAAGAUGUCGGAAACGCCGGAGAAGACGCGGAAUCGGAGCCCGUUAGUUUCGCCGACGAGUUCCCGCUCAGUGACCGAGACGAUAAAUGGGUCGCACCGUUUCGUGAUCCAGGGGUACUCUCUGGCCAAAGGCAUGGGCAUUGGCAAACAUAUAGCCAGUGAUGAUUUCAUGGUGGGAGGGUAUAAAUGGGCGAUUUACUUUUACCCCGACGGUAAGAACCCUGAGGAUAAUUCCACCUAUGUUUCGGUGUUCAUUGCGCUGGCGAGCGAGGGUACGGAUGUGCGGGCGUUGUUUGAGUUGACACUUGUUGACCAGAGUGGGAAAGGGAAGCACAAAGUGCAUAGCCAUUUCGAUAGGUCGCUUGAAAGCGGCCCGUAUACACUUAAAUACCGUGGCAGCAUGUGGGGAUACAAGCGCUUUUUUAGGAGAGCGAUGCUUGAAACUUCAGAUUAUCUUAAAGAUGAUUGCUUGAAGAUCAACUGUACUGUUGGAGUUGUAGUUUCUGCUAUUGAUUGUUCAACGUUGCACUCGAUUCAGGUCCCAGAUUCUGAUAUUGGGUCGCAUAUUGGUACACUGCUGGAAAAUAUGGAAGGUUCUGAUAUUACUUUUAAUGUUUCUGGUGAAAACUUCCAUGCCCACAAGUUGGUAUUAGCCGCCCGAUCCCCCAAAUUUCGGUCUGAAUUUUUCGAAAGUUUGGACACUGAUGAUCAGGAGAUUAUGGUAUCAGACAUGGAACCUAAAGUUUUUAAGGCCAUGCUGCACUUUAUAUACAGAGAUGCCUUGGUAGAAGAUGAGCUGAUAGCAUCUAGUUCUUGUUCUGCUCCGUUGAUAACUGACACCUUAACUGCGAAGUUGCUAGCAGCUGCUGAUCGUUAUGAUUUAGAAAGACUCAGACGGUUAUGUGAAUCUCGUCUCUGCAAGGAUAUAUCUGUAAAUUCAGUUACUCACAUACUUGCUUUGGCAGACCGUUAUAAUGCUGCAGAACUGAAAACUGUUUGCCUUAGAUUUGCUGCCGAGAACCUGGCAGCUGUCAUGCGUUCUGAUGGUUUUGAAUAUCUUAAAGAAAAUUACCCAGCUCUACAGUCUGAGCUUUUGAAGACUGUCGCUGGCUGCGACGAUGAUUGUAGCAGUGGUGGUGGUAAGUCUCGAAGUGUUUGGGCCCAGCUCUCUGAUGGUGGUGAUACCAGUGGCAGGAGGGUCAGGCAACGAACUUGAUCUUUGACUUUCAUAACCGAUAGCUGUUGUUUGUUCUGUAUAAUGAAUCCCAUGCGUUGUGUAUCUGUAAACCAUUGUACUUGAAUAGCAGGUGUUUUGUAGCUUUGAGAUUCCCUUGAUGAAAUGACUGUUGGUGAUAAAAGUUGCAGGGAAAUCGCCAUAUUCUUGCAUUUUUUCUACCUGGAAAAAAGCUUUUCUGGUUA